GUUGGUGAACCAGAUUGACAUUUUGUGUGGGUUGCAUGUCACAGGGCAGACCAUUUCCGAGGCUUACUUAGCUGUCAUGCGCAGAGACGAACUUGGACGAGAAUGAUAUUCAGUACAGCGCACCGUAUGCCUGGCAUACAGAAUCACUGGAGUGUGCAUUGUGGACUCAGCCAGUGCAAUAAUAAUUACUAUUGACUGUCACGACGAGUGCGUGUACUCUGGCUCGGUCUGUUAUCACUGCCGGUUCCGAUCGAUCAAGGACAGUACUGCGUAUUCGUCUACAGAUCAAAGACAUGCUUGCACGUUCAUUACAAGCUGGCGAAAACCUUCAGCAGUAAAUCUUUGUCAGUGACAUUUCCAAUGGAGAGCGUGGAUUUUGAGUCCUACAAUGACAGUGGUUAUGUGUUGGACAGCACUGUCUCGCCUGGUGUCGAGGAACGGGACAAGUUUACCGUCUUUUUGGGAGUGCUCUUGUUUGUGUUGUCGGCUGUUACCAUAAUAGGGAACAUAGCCACGAUCUUAGCGUUCAGGGACAGCCGUGAUCUGCGCCAUAAGACCACCAACCUGUUGAUUUUGAGUUUGUCAUGCAGCGAUCUCUUGAUUGGAACCACGGGGCUGCCCUUCGCCGCUAUCACCUUCACCGCGGGCGACUGGCCGUUGGGUAAGCCUGUCUGCAUCAUCGGUGUCUUCGUCUCCGUGUUGGGCGUCUCCGGCGGCAUGUACACCCUGACCGCUAUCAACCUGGACCGCUGGCUGCUGGUUUCCCGGGAGUACUCCUCUUAUCUUCGGAUCCAGUCGCUACGGAACGUCAAGCUGCAGAUUGCCGGUGCCUGGGCCUUGGCGCUGCUGAUCAGCUCCUGUGAGAUCCUGGUCUGGAUCGCCGGUGGGGUGCGAGAGGUGGAGGACACCAUCGACUUCACCAUGGAGUGCCGGUCGCCGGUCCGGACCGACCUCCGGUUCGCCUUCAUUACCGGCUUCCUCCUCUUCUUGGUUCCCUUCUUUGUCAUGCUGGUGUGCAGUCUGCGGUUCGUGGUGCUUCUACGUCGGCGUCUGCGGAAGCCCAAGGCUAAAAUCACAUCCAGUCGCCUCCCAUCCUCACCAUCCGCCGAGGAGAAUGGUGUUGGUUCCCGGAAGGCAUCCCCAGGGGCGAGUCCGGUCGAGAGUGAGCCAAUGACACCGACGAAUAAUUCCAUAUCAGCCGAUGUGGCUACGACACCGGAGUCGAAUGAUUCGCACCCAACAAGCACGCAAAGCUCGAACACUGCACACGCAACAUCGCCUACAGAGGCCAAGAGGAGAUCCUUCUUCCCCCAUCGGAAAAACCAUCAACCCAAGACAAACUCCAAGAAGAUGAAGAACCGGUACAUGAAGCCGGCCAUCCGACUGGCCAUCCUCAUGAGCGUCUUUACCUUUUGUUCCCUCCCGUACCCGUUCUUCGUCUUGAUAGCAGAUACUAAAUGCGAGGACUGUGAGCCGCUCUUGGUAGCCAGGAACCACUUGUCGAACCUCCUCCUGGCCAACUCGGCUCUGAAUCCGUUCCUGUAUGCAAUCAUGCACAGAAAAAUCCGACGAUACCAUCAGCGGAAAUUCAACUCUAUAUUUUGUCGACAUAAAAGAAAUGUAAGCAUUUAGGGUACUUUCGUUGUUGUUUGUAAUUGACUGGACAGUGUAAAGUGGCAAUAAAUCGAACCUAUUGGCAUGUGAUUGAUGCAUUCGUAAAAGAGCAUACGACAGAUUUUCACUUAAUUAACAAUGUUUCUUCUCAGCUACGUGAGCUAAUAACAAGACAACCAUUUGAUAUAAACUUGUCGUUCAUUUAAACUUGUAUUAUUUUUUCCCGUCUGGACAGUAGGAAACGUCAGAUAUCAGAAUAGAUCAUAAGACAAACUAUUUCUUGAGGUUUUACACAUAUAUUCAAGGUAGACAGACGUCAAAUUCACAGAUACAAUGAAACAAGUGUUACACAAAUCGUAUUUUAUCAGAAAGAAACAGUAGCCUUAAACUACUGCAUACUGUUCAAGCGACAGAUUAUGCUAAUCGCGUCUGCAUUAUGGCGACACGCCUUGUUGGGGCGACAAAUUGGUCUGGCCCUUUUGCUAAAACGACCCUAAGAAGAACUGGAUCAGUUCCUCGUGGUCCAAAACAUAAGUAUACCGAACUUCGUGGAGGCAGGAUAAGGUAAACUAGCGUUAGAUGACAUUUUAGGUUUUUGCACAAGUCUAUGGGAAAGUCGCCCUAUUAUAGCAUUCAGUGAUUAUUAUAUUGGGAUCUGUUUGCCAAAACUUAAAUACAGAAGCUUGAGAUUGCAGGCACACUAUUUAGAUACAUUUAAAAAAAAUAUUUCUAAGAAAACUCCAAUGGAGAGAAAAAAAACGAAAAAUGAUCUUGUUCUUUUUACAGCAAGAAAUAUUAAUAUUUAUCUUGAUUGAUAUAAAUGUAAUUAACUGCUGGUAUCUAGACUUAACCAAGUAUCAAUGCAUAAUGAAACAAAUACAACAGAGAGUAAGUAUUGUGUGGCAAUCAAUAAGACUAAUUAGGUAAACAUGAGUGUAAUUUGCGCGACACUGCUCCGUGAAAAGAUAAUAAUGAUCGCUGUGGGUUGUGCAAUUAGAAAUUAAUUGAUAAAGGAAAUUAACAUUCGGUCUGCUAAUUGUUGCCAAGAAUCGAGUCAGAGGAACACGUAAUUAGUACUUGUAUG